CAGAAGGACCCUCAGCCUUGGCUUCUCAUUUCCUCCUUUACAAGCUACUAACACCAAGAUGUCAGACGCCCUUUGUGUUGUGGGUUCAUUUUUUGGAUCUGCAGAAGAACAGCAAGACUGUGGAUCCUGUUAUGUUAUGAAUAUGGGGUCUGUUUUGGGCAUUAUUGCCUCGGAUAUCAUCUUGACCAUACUCAUCACUUUUACAGUGUUCUGCUUUGUAUCUCACAUCAACAGGAGGAGGGAGUGGGAUUCACAUGAUGCAGGUAAAAGAAGUCAACUAUCAUCAGUAUCAAAGAAAAUGGCAACUGAGGUCACAGAAUCCCCUUACCAGGAGUUACAUGGAGUCCAGUCAGAUGUGUACAGUGAGCUUCAACACUUUAGGAGAUGAAGCAAAGGACCAAUAAUAAUCUGUCUCCAUUAUAACUAUUCUAUCAAGCUAUAACUGAACUAAGACUGUGAUAGUAUUAAUGUUGUCACUGGAAAUCUGCACAUGCAAUCGCUGCAUUGAGUGUGGGCUGUAAUGUUUGCUGUGACUGUGAAAUAUUUUACAUUAUCCACCACCAUGGCAGACAGCGUUUUGUUUGAAUCUUCAAGAGGAAUAAAGAAUUAAGAAAAUAUAUAUAUAUAUAUAUAUAUAUAUCAGACCCUAAUGACAACUGAUAGUAUCUCGUUUGCAUGUCAGUGAUUUUUACUUUACUCCGACCACGGUGUUUUGUUGAAUAUGU